AUGAGUAAACGUAAUAAAUUUAUAUAUUAUUCCCUGCUCAUAGUACUAAUUCGUAUUACGUUCAUCCUCAUUUUAUACUUGUUGAAAGUAUUCAUACCAUUUAUGAUCUCCAAGAAUGCUUUCGAUAUCCACGAGUAUAUAGAGCUCUUCAGAUGCUCAAAUUACAAAUCUUACAUGAAAUCGAGACCUUUCUACUACUUUAUAAUUAAAAGGCUUACGUUCAUGUACCCAGAUUUAUCAGUGAAGUUUCUAAUGACAGUGUUUAUCUUUGUUUUCGACUUUUUCGCAUCGCUUUUGCUCUAUAGAAUUGUAAAAUACAUAUCAUACUCAUACAAAAAGGAAGAAGAAGAUAACGAAAAGGUUUUUGGAACCGCAUCGGUCAAACAUUCCAAAUCACUACCGAUUGUAAUAUUCACAAUUUACUUAUUAAACCCACCGAGCGUUUUUUAUAACUACUCAACAAACCCCGACGGAUACAAAUACUUCCUACUCACACUCUCCAUCUACUCUAGCCUUUUUUCUACCCAAAGCAAAUACAAAAGGAAAUCGUCACACGGAACAACUAACUGGUUAAGCUGUAUUAAGAACUUUAGAUUCUCGAAUUAUUUAUCCGACCUAAUUUUCGUAUCAUUCAUACUCAAAACAUCACAUUCUUUCCUACCACUACUGUUUCCAAUUGUAUAUAUAAGGAAAUACCACAGAGUCAAAUUAUCUAGCGGACCAAUAAAGAUGAGAGAAUUCUUAUCUAUUCUAAGGGAAUUUGCCUUCUCAACUACAUUUGUAUUGAUAUUCUUGAGUAUAUUCAAGUUCAAAUUUAUGCCGGAACUGGAAAAUCCAUACCGAGCAUUGGACUCUCACCCAUCAAUCGAUUUCUCAAUUAGCUGGUACUUGAACGAAUUGCUUCCAGUGGAGUUCAUAAAGGGCACAAUGUUUAAGAAUCAUUUCAUCGGAUUCGUAUUCACAAUUCCACUCUUGGUUGGAUUAAGAAAAUACCCAUUUGACUAUCUACUAAUAAUGACCUGCAUAUGUAUACUCACCCAGCCAGAAAUGACCGUUUUGGGCGUUACAUUCAUUUUAAUAAUUCUAACUGUAAAUUAUAAACUAUUACAAAGAACACAGCCGUUCUCGAAACUGGUUCACACCAUUCUAGCUCUACUUAUCAUCUCAGUGUUUUCUUACUCCUCGUGGAUAGGAAGAUAUAUGGCAAACCCUAACUACUUCUUCGGGCCACAGAUCAUUAUCCUGAUUCUGAUAUGUAAGUUGAAGAAAAUUUUAAAAAUUUCAGGCAUAAUACUGGACGAUUACACAAAAAUGGUCUACUUUAGACAUACCGGCGGUUUUAGUAAUUAUUCUUAA